UUUAAGCGACACCAUCAAAAUUCACAUACUAUAGUAUCAUCACUUACACUUCACCGACACAACACAAGCAUGUCUCCAUGGAUGAUUGUCUUGAUCACAAUUGGUGCAUCGAUUCUCAUUUACAAACUCUUAAACCUCAUAUCAAAGCCUUCCUUACCUCUCCCACCUGGGCCUAAACCAUGGCCGAUCGUCGGAAACUUGCCUCACAUGGGCCCCGUGCCACACCACGCCCUAGCAGCCUUAGCUCUUAAACACGGCCCUCUCAUGCACCUCCGUUUGGGUUUCGUCGACGUGAUAGUCGCCGCUUCCCGCCCCGUGGCGGAGCAGUUCUUAAAGGUUCACGAUGCUAAUUUCUCAAGCCGGCCACCGAACUCCGGCGCUAAAUACAUGGCAUAUAAUUAUCAGGAUCUGGUGUUUGCUCCGUAUGGACCACGGUGGCGUUUAUUGAGGAAAAUAUCGUACGUUCACAUGUUUUCUUCUAAGGCUUUGGAUGAUUUUAGCCAUAUACGACAGGAAGAGGUUGCGAGAUUAAUCCGCAAUUUGGCAAGUUCAGGAUCCAAAGCAGCAAACUUAGGACAACUGCUAAAUGUAUGCACAACCAACGCAUUGGCAAGAGUAAUGAUAGGACGGCGAGUAUUUAACGACGGUAAUAGCGGUUGUGAUCCUAGGGCUGAUGAGUUUAAAUCAAUGGUUGUUGAGCUUAUGGUAUUAGCUGGAGUUUUCAACGUUGGUGAUUUUGUUCCUGCUUUAGAGUGGUUGGAUCUUCAAGGUGUGCAAGCUAAGAUGAAGAAAUUACACAAAAGGUUUGAUGAAUUUCUAACCAGCAUUAUUCAGGAUCACGAGGUUUCCAAGAGUGAGAAGCAUAAUGACUUGUUGAGCAAGUUACUGUCACUAAAAGAAAAAGUUGAUGAAGAUGAAGACAAACUCAAUGAUACCCAGAUCAAAGCUUUACUCUUGAACAUGUUCGCAGCAGGAACAGACACGUCAUCAAGCACGACAGAGUGGGCUAUUGCUGAACUAAUAAGAAACCCUGGACUUAUGGUUUCCAUUCAAAAAGAGUUGGACACUGUUGUUGGAGCAAACAGGUUGGUUAAUGAAAUGGACUUGGCUCAUCUUCCUUACUUAGAGGCUGUGGUGAAGGAAACGUUUCGACUUCAUCCAUCUACGCCUCUUUCGCUCCCACGUGUCGCAAAUGAGAGUUGUGAGAUCUUCAACUAUCAUAUCCCUAAAGGUGCAACUCUGUUGGUUAAUGUUUGGGCCAUAUCACGUGACCCUAAAGAAUGGUCCAACCCAUUGGAGUUCAAGCCGGAAAGGUUUCUCCCUGGUGGUGAGAAGUUUGAUGUUGAUAUUAAGGGAACUGACUUUGAGGUGAUACCGUUUGGUGCUGGACGUAGAAUUUGUGCUGGUAUGAGUCUUGGACUUAGGAUGGUUCAACUUCUCACUGCUACUUUGGUUCAUGCAUUCGAUUGGGAGUUGGAGAAUGGGUUAUUGCCGGAAAAACUCAACAUGGAUGAAGCAUAUGGGCUUACUUUACAAAGGGAAAAGCCUCUUUUGGUCCACCCUCGUCCAAGGCUUGCGCAGCAUUUGUACUUGUAAUCAUCAUCGUUUGGAGUUUGGCUUCAUGCCCUGUACCUUCUUCCUAGUCUUAAUAAAAGAAAUUGUCUUUCUAGUUGUCUAAAUAAGGGUCCUAGUUUAGUCAUUUAUUAGUAGUUGUAUUUUGGGGAUUUCUACCCAUUGUUUGAUGUAUGUAUGGUUAUAUUCUUCAAGUUUGCAUGUAAGUUGUGCAUUGGUCAUAGAGGACAAGUUCUCUUUAUGAGCAUUUUUUCUAUUAGGUAUGAUGACUUCAAUGUUUGUCCCAUCAUGGUCCUGCCUUUUACCGACAAAUGCCUAUUGCAACAUCAACUAAAAAGCUAUAAAUAUUUGUUUCAUUUUUUUCA